AUGACCAAUUUCUUAGAAUUCACAAGAGUUACAGAAACUUUAGAAAUAGGAAACUGUCAAAACUAUAAAUCUCUAAAGUUACGAUUAAUGUUCCUAGGACCCAUUCAUAUUCCUACCAGAAUUUUAACUUCAUUGCUAGCAUGCGUCACCAAUCAUGGCGUCUUUGCAAAAGAGCGACCAAAGACUGUCUAUGAUCUAUUGAACAAUAACCCUGACUUUUCAUCUCUUGUCAAGUUUAUAAACGAACAUGGCUUAAAAAAGGAUCUUACCGGCGAUAAUGUGACAGUACUUGCACCUCUCAACGAAGCCUUUGAGAAGUAUCAGGAAAAAGAAAGUGCUUACUUUCUGACAACUCGCAAGAUUACCACAAAUGAUGUUCUGUACCACAUUCUGCCUGUUGCUGUUGAAUCCGAAAACCUCUACGAUGGCCAGCUACUCAAGAGUCUAUAUUACAAAAACGAAAUUCCCCAGAUGAUCAAGGUUAACGUAGAUGACAAUGGCAUCUAUGUCGGAAACAUACAAAUCAAAGAACGUGAUCUUUUGGCUGACAAUGGUGUCGUUCACAGUAUUGAUACAUUCUUGACAGCGCCGUUGGAUUUGGAUCGAGCAUUGCAAAAGGAUAAAGAUCUUCACAGCUUUAAUGAACUUGCUUCCAAGACCGACCUGAUCUACAAACUAAGUGAUUCAGACGGCUACACAAUCUUUACUGCCGAAGAUAACCUGGACGGACUUGAUGACAAACAAAAGUCUUACCUUCACAGCCCCUCUGCUAAAGACGAUCUCAAGAAAUUCUUGGGCCAUCAGAUCCACAACUCUCUUCUUUACACACACGAGAUUCCUGAAGGCACCAGCCAACUCAAGACAUGGGGUGAGGAUCUUGAAAUCACUAAAACUAAGCAUGGCAAGAUUACCGUCAACGGUGUCCGUAUCAUUCGCUCUGAUAUCUUGGUCUCAAAUGGUGUAAUUCACUACCUUGAAGGCUCAAUUCUUCCCUCAAAGAAGUUCUGGGACUUUGAUACUCGCAAGACUAUGCUUGCCAUGAAUGCCACCAAGUUUGUCAAUCUUUUGGAAGAUAAUGGUCUCGGUAACUAUCUCAAAGAGGCCGACACUCGUGGCUACACAUUCAUCGUUCCCACUGAUGAGGCUUUGGAGACCACCGAUCUCUCUAAAAAAGAAACUGUCUCAUGGCUAAAGUACCACAUCAUUGACCGUGUUUACAACCCCAAGGAUUUCGUAAACGGUGCUCUUCUCCAGACCGAAUCUACCGACCAGCUUGGUGAUGCAAAGCAACGUCUCCGUGUCCAUGUAAAUGAUCAAGACGAUGCUCUUAAACAAAACAUCCAGUUUGGUCGUUCAGGAACAGCUGGUUCACCAUAUAACUCCAAAGAGAGCAUCAUGUACCCAAUCCACCGUCCCCUUGACCUCCCUCGUGAUCCCCUCAGACGCCUUCCUGUCGAUCUUGAGCUGUCUUCCUUCGUGGCUGCAAUCUAUGCUUCUUCAUCCGAGGACGUUAUCACCGACGCAAAGGGAAUCACUCUUUUUGCACCUACAAAUGAUGCAUUUGGACGUCUUGGAUUGCUUUACAAGCACCUUUUACACCCCGACUCGAAGAACAAAUUGCAGGAACUCAUCAAGUUUCAUGCUGUCAAGCGCCUGUUUUACGGUGCCGAGACCGAGAAGGGCGAGCACAAGGUUACUACUCUGCAAGGCUCUGAUCUCGUCCUGAACAAAACAGGAGAUGGAAUUUAUCUGCGUGGGUCUGGAGCCGCCGAUGGGUCUGAUCGAUCGGUUAUUGCAAAGAUUGUUGAAUACGAUACCCUGGUCUCUAACGGUGUUGUGCACAAGAUUGACCGUGUCGAGCUGCCAAAGUCCCUCGAGGUGACCAACCGAGACCUUCUUUCUGCCCAGACCAGCACCAGCUUCUUGGAUCUCCUGCGCCGCGUGGAUCUCAGCAAGGAAAUCCUGGACGGACCCAACGAACACUACACCAUCCUUGCUCCUUCCGACAAGGCCAUCUCCAAGAUCGAUCUCGAGGAACUGAUUAAUGAUCAUGAGAAGUUGAAGCGUGUUGUCAAACUCCACAUCCUUCCUACCCUUAUCCCACGUGUGAAUAUGCUGAACGGCAAGCGCGAUGACUCGUUGUUUGACAUGGGUAGCACCUACAAUGAUAAUGAUAUCCACCGCGAGAUUACCUUGGCGGGUGUUGAUUUUGAUACCUUGCUAUCAAAUGAUGAUAAGAUUGUGAUCCGCACUACACCCAUGGGAUACUCGGUCAGUGUCAAGGGCAGUCUUCAAGAGGGUGCCGAUGUAACUGAUGUCGGAAGAUCCUCAACUGGUGGCGGUGUUAUCGAGAUUGACCGUCUAUUGAUGCCCUAUGAUGAUAGUUCCGUCAGUGGACUUUCCUGGUGGAGUGUGAUCUUUAUCGUACUUGGUGUCAUGAUGGGAGCCGCCAUUCUUGCAUACCUAAUUUACUUUAUGUAUAUCUGGUGGAAGAGACGCAGAGAUGGACGUAUUGCCCUUGAUGAUGUUUAA